CUCGUCAGUUGCACCCUUCCCCAGCCGUACACGCUAUAAAGCAGCGCACGGAUCGGAACACCGUCCUCACGACCUACAAGCGCAUCGCCCAAUCCGUUCCAGGCACCCUCCCUUUCCAGUACUGUAUUCAGCCAGACAGACACGCUCAGAAAGAUCGGCAGGCUUGUCCCCGCCCCGCUUCCUCCGCAAGCCCUUCCUCUUCCUCUCGGACGGGCGAUUUUGUUUCUCUUCCAAGUUCCUCGGCGGUGGGACUGCUUACGAUCCCAGGGGAAUCGCACAGGUUUCUGGGUGUUUUUUGUAAACCUUUUUCCCCACUCUAUCAAGAAUGGCUGCCUUAUGCCUAAAGAAACUAUUGGAUCAGGCCAGAAGGAAUGAAGUAAACCACAUCACUAGGCAUUUUGCCAGUUUCUUGAUGCAACCGGUGACAACCACAACGGUCUCUUGGACUUGGAUGAGAGUUCAUGCUAAAAAAGGACUUCUCCCUGUCCCUAUCCAAGCAUUCUGUACAAAUGAAGAUGCCAAGGAGAAACUAACAGGAAAGGAAAGAAUCCCCCAAGCCAAAAAAAAGGUUGAAAGCGUUGGGAGGAAAAUCCCCCAUCGGAUUAUUCAGCUGAUUGAUGAAAAUGGGGAGAACCAGGGAACCAUCCACAGGGCAGAUGCAAUUCGAAUCAUGGAUGAAAGGGGGGUGAGGCUUGUUCUGCUGGUGGAGAAUGCAGACCCUCCAGUGUACAGACUCAUGACCGGGCAGCAGAUUCACGAAGAGCGCAUUAAACUUAGAGAGAAGCAGAAAGCCAGCUCCAAAAAUGGCCCUGUUCAACAGAAGGAAUUAACGUUUUCUACAGCUAUUGCGCAGCAUGAUUUAGAUGCAAAAAUAAAACAAAUUCAGCAAUGGAUUGACAAGAAGCAUCACGUCAGGAUUACAGUGCGCCAGAAGAAUGUUAGUGAGGGGUCAGAAAAGAUGCUAGCAUUAUUUGGUCAGAUUUUGGAUACAAUGCCUGAGAAAGCGACUUACCUCUCCGAGCCCCGCAUUGUCAAAGAAGGAAGGAGCACAUGUGUGAUAAGACACAUGUCAGACAGAGAAAUAAGUGGAUACAAGAACGAAAAAGAUCAUAAGGAUAAUGAAAAGGACAGUACUGAAUCAGAAACCCUCAAGCAGUGAUUUCGUUUUAAACACACAAAACUGAAUUUGCUUCAAUGUCUCUCCCAUUUUUUGUACAGUUCUCAUAAACUUGCCAAUAGUGGCCACUUCAUAAAGCUAUUGUGUAUGUUCAUCCAAAACUCUAGUCAAGGGAAAGUGUUUCCACAGUAGGCAGCGUGGAGCUCAUUGCAAGUGCAGUCAAAGUCUCAUCUACCAAGGAUACAUUUCUUCGCUGUGCUUUAGGUGGGAUGAAUCCACUGAGACGCGAGGCCAAACUCCGCUUAGGACGUGGCUUUUUAGCCUUAGAAAAGGAAAUAUUCAACAACGUAUGAAUCUGGGAUUGAAGGAAGCGGCCGACAAUAUAAACAAGAAAGCUUUAAAAAUAA